GUUUUUAAAGCUAGCGGGACUAGCACACGUUUAGUGUUAGCCUCAUCAUCAGGAGCAGCGGCGGGACGUGAGGAGCAGCGGCGGGAUCUUUGUGCUGCUGCGGGAUGGAGCUGACACGCAGGAAUUUUAAGGAGAGCCUGGACACGGUGUACGGGGCCAUAGAAGAGGCAGAUUUUCUGGCCAUCGAUGGGGAAUUUUCAGGCAUCAGUGACGGUCCAAACGUGAGCGCGCUGACAAAUGGACUGGACACACCUGAGGAGCGCUACGCCAAGCUCAAGAAGCAUUCUAUGGACUUCCUCCUCUUUCAGUUUGGGCUAUGUACAUUCAAAUAUGAUCAGUCACAGUCAAAGUACAUCACAAAGCCUUUUAAUUUUUAUAUAUUCCCCAAGCCCUUCAACAGAUCCUCUCCGGACAUCAAGUUCAUCUGCCAGAGUUCCAGUAUAGACUUCUUGGCGAGUCAGGGUUUUGACUUUAACAAAGUCUUCUGCCACGGAAUCCCCUACCUGAACCAGGAGGAGGAGGUACAGCUGAGGGAGCAGACGGAGGAGAGGAGGAACCAGCACGCCAACGGUGUGGGGACGCCAUCUUUCAUCUCUCCCUCCGCCAAGAGCCCCGCCCACGUGCCUGACGAGCACAAGGAGUUCAUCAACAGGGUGGUACAAAAGGUGGAGGCCCUCCUCAGUAACUCAGACAAAUCUCUGGACUUGGAUCCGUGCACAGGGUUCCAGAGAAAGCUCAUCUACCAGACACUGAACUGGAAGUUUCCUAAAGGGCUUCAUAUAGAAACGGUGGAAACUGAAAAGAAGGAACGCUUCAUCCAAGUGAGUAAAGUGGAUGAGGAGGAGAGGAAGAGACGAGAGCAGCAGAAGGCGGAGAAGGAGCAGGAGGAGUUGAAUGACGCAGUGGGCUUCUCUAGAGUGAUCCAUGCCAUCUCUAAAUCUGGCAAACUGGUGGUGGGACACAACAUGCUGCUGGACGUCAUGCACACCAUUCACCAGUUCUACUGCCCCCUGCCCGAGGAUCUGCAGGAGUUUAAGGAGGUCACCAUGUGUGUGUUUCCCAGACUUUUAGACACAAAGCUCAUGUCUUCAACUCAGCCUUUUAAGGAGCUCAUCACAAACACGUCCCUGGCAGAGUUGGAGAAGCAGCUGAAGGAGAGCCCCUUCAAAUGUCCACAAGUCGAAACUGCAGAGGGUUUUCCCAGCUACGACACAGCCCAGGAGCAGCUGCACGAGGCGGGCUACGACGCCUACAUCACCGGCCUCUGCUUCAUCUCCAUGGCCAACUACCUGGGCUCAUUCCUGACGCCCCCUAAAGGCCACAUCUCUGCUCGCUCCAAACUCAUCGAGCCCUUCUACAAUAAGCUGUUCCUCAUGAGGAUCAUUGACAUUCCCUACCUCAACAUGACUGGACCAGACUUGCAACCCAAGAGGGACCACGUCCUGUACGUGACCUUCCCAAAGGAGUGGAAGACCAGCGACCUGUACCAGCUCUUCAGUGCCUUCGGGAACAUCCAGGUGUCAUGGAUUGACGACACCUCUGCCUUUGUGUCUCUGAGCCAGACAGACCAGGUGCAGAUAGCGAUGAACACGAGCCGCUACGCUGAGAGCUACAGGAUCCAGACGUAUGCAGAUUACGUCCAGGCGAAACAGCAGGAGAAGGACAAGCACAAACAGAGCCAGGCCCAUGGCUCGUGGGGAGACGGCUGGACCAAGAGCCACUACCCCUCCAGCACCUCCUCCAGCCUCUCAUACGCACGGGCUAUGAGGAAGCGCAGCAUGAGCCCGGUGCAGCCUGAGCAGGCCCGAGCCCAGGGAGACGGCUGGGCUCACUACUCCUACGCUGAGGUGGCCGGAGGAAAGAAGCUCAAGACUGACGGAGAGUCCAACUCUGAGGCAGUUGAAAGCACCACCACAGAAGGCUGGUUAAAAACAGGAGACAUGUCAGAGUCCUCCGGCUCCAGCCCAGACCAGGACCAGAGUCAGGGUCCAGACCAAGAGCAGAGCAGUCCAGAGGCUGUGGACACGGAGGGCACAGGCGGCUGGCAGCAGGCCACCGGAGCGCACAAGAAGGGACACAAGCACAAGAAAAAGAGUGCAGGAACAGCGUCCUCAUCUGCGCUCUUUGAGGUGCCUGAGGUCUGGUAGCAUCAGCACCUCCUUGAGCUCCAUGAGACUGGGCCUUCUCCCAGAGAGCCCCCAGCCCCAGGAGCCUGAGUGAGGCCAGACACUCUGAAGCCAUAGCCCCACAGCAGCCCCCACAGCAGCCGUCACCACAGUGGGGUGAAGAGCAGGCUCCUCUUCUGCCCCGGGGCGACUGCGGCUCGUACUGUAGUGAGAGUGAGUUUGUGCAUGUAAGAACAGUCUGUUUAGUGAAUGUGACAUAGUGCAGCUGGUAGCUCCUAGUUUACAAAGUCAGGGUCAUUCAGUCUUUUUAACCUCGUCCCUUUUAAAUGCUCCUGUCCUGUUCCACUUUUAUCAGACUAAUGUGAGCGCAGCAGUGAAAUGAAUAUUUAUUGGUGGUAUUACGACAUGUCUUUGAAAAUGUUGUUUUUGUACAGAUUUCGUUUUGUUUAAGUGUUUUGUAAUGUCCUCUUGCAGCACUGUCUAAUGUUCUAAUGUAUCCUGUGUGUAAAGACACACUUUUUGUAUCAAACGUUUAAGAAUUCUUAAAUAUAUCCUUGUAAAGGGAAAGAAUUAAAGAAUGUUUCUUAGUA